UGAUGUAACGGAAGAUGUAGGAUGUCGGGCACAUUGAGGACACGUCUGCAGACAAGUCGCGUCUUUCUGAUUUCUGGCUUGUCUGGAGGAGAGAGGAAAAAAUAUGGAAAAAUUAUACAGCAGCUGGGAGGAAUCUAUUUUGACAUUGAUUCUUUUAAGGCUAGUUGUACCCAUGUGAUCUGUGGAAAACUGUCUCGCAGUGAGAAGUAUCUUGGUGCUUGUGCAACAGGAAGAUGGAUCCUCAGACCUGAAUACAUAACAGCCAGCGACCUCGUAAAGGAGUGGCUUCCUGAGGAAGACUUUGAGUGGCAGCCAAAACAUGGACAGAAGAGCCAAUCAGAUCCCUUGGUGCUUGCACCAAUCAGAUGGCGGCUACAUAUUUCCCUCACAGGUGCCCCUGCCUUCAAGGGAUGGAAUGUAUCUGUUGUUGUUUCAGACAAAAAGAGAGGACAUGUCUAUAAAAGGUUGCUGAAGAGUGGGGGUGCAGAUGUGUACAGUGUCAAACUGCCCGUCGACAAUCCGUCAAAGAUCGCCAACACCAUAACAUACAUGUUCACGGAUGGCAAGAUGGCAGUUCAACUCUAUAAUCAAUCCCUCAUGGAGUAUGGAGUUCUGCUGGUCAAGCCAGACUUCAUCGGAGAUUAUCUCCUACAGGAUCCACGGCCUGACCCAAUGGAUUAUCUCGCAUCCAUGGCACCCUCCUCAAAAUCCCCUGGUGAUCAGACCUUUAUCACUUCCUCUCAGAAGUCUCUGUCACAGUCUUCCCAAGUAUCACAAACUCUCAAGUCACAGCAUACAUUAGUCAGUCAGUUUUCAGACUCCAUGGAUGGAACAUUUAUAUCGCAGAACUCCUCUCAGGCUGAUGCAGAAACACUUUCAUCUACACAGGGGUCAAGGUCAUCUUCAUUACGGUCUUCAAAAAGGUUUUCUGAAAUGUUUUCCAACGAUAAAGAACCUGACAGUUCUUUUGAAAUAUUGUCAAGAUCAAAUAUACCAAGAAGAUCCUUUUUAAGUUCCGGAGGGUUGAAAUCUUCUGCUUCAUCAUCUGAGAUGAAGAAUAAAAAGAUGAAAGUCAUGGAAAAUGUCCAGACAAGGAGAUCUAGCAGGAAUAACCGAGAAAAUGUCACAGAGCUCCAAGAAGGACAGUUUCUAUGUCUUCCAGGGAUAUCGGCACAUUCCAACACAACAGAAAUACCUGACAGUGGAUCUCAGAUAGUUUCCAUUAGGAGGUCUGGAGCUAAACUGCAAGAAAGUUUAACUGGUAAGAAGACCAAAAGGCUGUCUAGAUCUGCCUCAAACAUCAUCAAGCAAAGACAAAAUGUGGGUCAUUUGUCUCCUUCACAAGAUUCAAGGUCUCAAAGUACAUCUGUGACUCCAGAUGCAGAUACUGAGGAUUUUGUGAUGGAAGAAGGACAUACCUCUUUCCAAACAGCAUCAGCUGGUUCUGCAGUGUCAUCACAGCGACGUCAGAGGAUGUCGAGGAGACUGGCUGGGGUAGAGAAAAGGUACCAGGUUAUAGGGCAGGGGAAGGAACUCUCCCAAUGGUCAAAGAAUACUAAAAGAGAAAUAUCUGAUCCAGAUCAUCUGACCUCUCUGAAGAUAAGGUUACAGUCACAACCGUCACUUACUACAUUUGUUAAGAAUCAUCACAAUUGUCUGUCUGAGAAGAAAAGUUUGGAAACUUGUGUAUCUGUUGAGAUGGAUAUUGACAUAAGUUCAUCCCAGGAAGGACGGAAGUCCGCAAGGCUAGCACAAUUCAAAGGAGUUCAAGACUCAGGACCAUCGUCUACAGCACUGGUAAAGAGACGUGCCAAUAACCAAACAUCCAGCCUGGACUCUAGUUCCAUGUCAGGGGAUUUGCAGGAGCCUGGAAGGUCUCUGAGAAGGGCAGCGAGGCUUACUACAUCUAAUUCUGAUUUAGUUGUUAAAGAGAAUAAAUAUCAACAUAUUAAAUGCAAUUCAAAGAAACCACAAACUGAACCCUUGCCCUCUAUGGCAUCUAGUGAACCAGUGGUGGGACAGCAGAAUGAGUGCUAUUUGCAGAAACCUAAAACUGAACCCUUACAUUCUGUGAUGUCAAGAACACCUGUGGUGGUUUUAGAUGCUAAAGUGAUUAUUGGACAGCAAAAAAAGUGCAAUUCAGAGAAACUAGAAACCGAAGCCGUACCCCCUAUGAUGUCUAGUUCACCUGUGCUUGUUUCGGACAGCUCUCCAUGUCCCAGAGUAAGAAGUGGGUCACUGAAAGCAGUCAGGAGCAAAGGUGCAUUUGUGCGUGGAAGUCUUAAGGGGAAAAGUGCAUCUGAUGUUUUAGCUGUUAGAACACGUUCUGCUUCAAUUGCCUCAUUCCCUGGCUCAAUUUCAUCAUGCAUUUCUGCCAGACAAACACCUGAUUUGAAAAUGGUCAUUGAGGUUAAGAAUGAUUCUCAAAAGAAGUUUUCACAGAGUUGCAUGUCAUCAUUUGCAUCCAGCCCCUUGUCUCAGGGCAGCACCAGAAAGGUGUCGCAGAGUUCCCUGGGAGACUUUGGCUUCAGUUCAACCAGUAAACAGCGUCACAGAACUACACUGUCCCGUAGUCUGCGCAGGAGUGUUUCUUCUUCACAAGAAAAGUGUUCACAACCAGAGCUUGUUGGUGAGAUGAAGUUGUCAACAUAUUUCUCUCCUCCCAAAGAAGCUGGUGAGGUUGUCCCUGACAACAGAAAACAAGUCCAGUCCGACAUAGAUGAGAAACCUCACAAAAUACAUGUGAAGGAGAAGACAUCUGUGACGCCACCCAACCCACUGAUGCAAUCAUGUCCUGUGAAGAGGAAGAUCUUCGAUGAUGAUGUUGACGAUGCUUGUGAUGGCGUGCAACCUUUGACCAAGAAGAUGAAGUUAACACAUCCAGUUCAGCCAUGGUGUCCUCUCUGGUCUGGAGUGAAAUUGGACUCGCAGAUGUCCAAGAGUUGUGACUACACCUUACCGAGUCAGAUGCCAAGCUCCGUCAGCAACAUCAUCAACAUCUGCGUUGAGGAGAACUUUCAGCUGGAGGCCCUGACGAUGACCCAGGCAUCGAUACAGACGUACCCAUCAUCUCAGCUGCUGCACACGCUGAUGACACAGGUCCUCCUGAAAGCCAAGUCUAGGCACAUAUCUCAGAUGGCAUACAAGAUCCUGAUGAAUAUCCUGACUGCCCAUCCACCCAACAGUAAACUGAUGAGGAACAUCUACCUCAACGCCUUCCAUCUGCUGGAAGAUGGCCACAGGGAGGGUGUAUGGGAGUUCAUCAGCUUCGUUAUAGGAGGGGCCCUGGAGAAGGAUGUCUACAGUGACAAUUACCACCUUCUGCUACAGUUCCUCGUUGCCGUCUUCAGGCACAGCUUCUGCAGCUUUCUGUCAGAACAGCAGUCAUCAGAGGUGAAGGAGAGGAGGAAGCUGUUGAGAUGUUGCAUGCUGGUUCAGUGUCUGUGGUACCCUUCCUACCUGCUGUUCCCAAACACUCGCACACAGCAGCUCUUGGACUUUGUAGAGCAGUGCUUACAGCUGCCGAGUGACUGCACAAACAAGAGUCAGCUGUUGGAGAGCAUCCUUAGCCUUGUUUCCAUGGCAACCCAAUGUUGUCAGAUAGCUGACCAGGGUGUGAUGACAAAUGGCUACCCAGACAUUGGAGAGAGGACAUCAUUGUUAAUAAAUGAACUGGCUCGCAAAAUUACAGGAUGUAGUAUCAAGGAGGAGACAACUCUGCUAGCCACAUUUCGUAAUCUACAGCCAAACUGGUUGUGUCUGCGAGUUAUUCAGCUCCUGCUGGCCAACAUGGAUGACUACUUGCUGGUCAAAGGGCUCGAUUUAGAUCGUCUCAACCUCACCAAAAUUGUGUCUCAGUACAUCUUCCUCUUACCAAGGUUGUCAAGUACAAAGAUAGCCACGAAGGACAGUCAUAAGAAGCAACUGAGAAAACAUGGCAGAUGUCAAGAGAGUGAGAAAGAUGGAGAGAGAGAUGGUGAUGGGGAAGGAAUCACACAGCACAUGGCUGCAAGGAUCAACAAAACUAACACCAAGGGUGAGACAGCACUCCAUCUAGCUUGUAUGAAGAACCAUAUUGCGAAGCUGAAACAGUUGUUAGCAGUGCCAGGUGUGGAUGUGAAUGCACCUGAUCAUGCCGGAUGGACCCCGCUCCACGAAGCGUGUAACAAAGGCCAUGUGGAAUGUGUUGACUUGCUGCUCAAAUACGUACCUGCCAGAACCAUGGACUCAUAUCUCAGCAAAAACCAGCCGUGUAAGAAGGCUGACCUGCUAGCCUGCACCCCGGACGGCAUCACACCUCUCCAUGAUGCUGUAGCCAGCAACCGUCUGGAUGUGUGUCGCCUCCUGCUUACACAUGGAGGGUCCAGCUUACUGUCGGCUAUGACUUCAAGAGGUCAGUGUCCGUCUGACCUGGCCAGGACUCCCAGUAUGCGGACCCUGCUGACCACGCUGCCAACUCCAACAAAGCACAGGGGCAUGGACUUCAACUCCUCUCAGGAGUCCCAGGACUCUCCCAGACCUCACAAGACAGACUUCAUGCCGGCUGCCUUCCUGUACCAGCAAGUGUUGGGUGAGGAAGACAAUAUGGUGAUGGCCGACGUAACAGAUUGCCGUCUGUACAUCACCCUCGUGACACACCUCAUCUUGUCCUACAUUCAUGCUAGCAGACUCUUGUCUAGACAUCAAACACACAUGCAACAGACACACACCCAGCAGACACACACGCAACAGACUCACGUGCAGCAGAUCAGACCAGUGUCUUCACACACAGUCAAGGUCGUACCUGAGACAGCAGUGAAAGAGAACCAGCAUCCUGGACGAGCGUCAACCAGGUUGAGGAAACAACCAACAAAAUUUGACUCUUAUGAUUUCGGAAAGCGGAAAGUUCUUCAAGAAGAUUUAACCAACACUGAAACUGCUGCCCAUGUAGACGAGAGUAGAUGGAUUUCACUUGAAAACCAUGAUGCCAAGCCUAACUCCAGGUUGGAACACGCAGAUGAAGAAGAUGAUCUGUACAUUUUCCAAAGAAUCAAGUGCCAUCUGCGGAACUUUACUCAUCAUAUCAGCAACAUUACUUCUCCUGGUGCCUUUAAACUCCUUGAAUCCAAACUCUCUGUGAUGAUGUUCUACAUUGUUGCAGCAUCAAGCAAGAAAUGAGGACUCGGAGGAUGGUUUUAGUUCAUAUCUCAUCAACUUCGUCCCCUCACACUUGAAUUUGUUUUUCCGAAUCAUUUUAUCCUUCUAGUCAUGUUUUUGUUGAGUUUCAUCCUGAAAUGUUUUAGCAUAUUUGUAGUUACCAAUUUUAGAUCUUCUGUUUGUGUAGUCUUAUGAGCAUAUGGUCUUCUCUUUGUUUAGACUGCUAAAAUCAUAUGAGAGUACAGGUAUGAAAAGAGAGUGAAGUUGUUUCUUGAUUGUCAAAAAUGUAAAACAGGAAAGUAAUCUUGUAUUUGCGGUUAUUCAUGCAUGGUUCUCAGAUUUUUGGCCUAAAAAAGUCAUGUUCUAAAUUACAAAUCCUUUGUAUUUACUUAAAAAGUUAAGUAGGAAGGGAAAAAGUAGGGGUGUGAGAAAUAGGGGAAAUAAACAUGUUAUGGAAAUC